UUGUUUUGUAGUAAACGAACAAACCUUGUGUUCAUAUUCAAUAUUUUCCUUGCAAAUCAUUCAUGUUUGAAAUUUCAAUAUAUCUAGAUUAUUGUGUAUGAUGUAGAGCUGUUUUUCUCUAUCAGCAAUAUAUUAAAUACCUAGGCUUCUAAACGUCAACCGAUAUAGUGAAUAUUAUUUCAGAUAUUUGAAUUGCAUUAUCAACAUAAAUUAUGCAUCAGGGAUACUUGGAAAUCAAUGGUGUUCGUACGAAAAUUACUACUUUUGGGAGAUGGGUAGAAGAAAAUUCAAAGAAUUGCGAAGAUAUUGUUAUACUUAUCCCAGGAAAUCCUGGAGUCGUAGGAUUCUAUGACGAAUUUGCCAAAACUAUUCAUAAAAAUUUGCGGUUUCCAGUUUGGUGCAUUGGACAUGCUGGUCACAAUUUACCAAAGCAGAAAUUGAAUCCUCUUCCAAAGUUGGAGGGUAAUGAAGUGCUUUAUGGACUAAAAGGACAAAUUGAACAUAAGAUCGAUUUCUUCGAAAAAUAUAUACCAAAGAAUGCAAAAAUACAUCUCAUAGGCCACUCUAUUGGUGCUUACAUGAUUCUGGAAUUACUGGAACAUCCUUCAAUCAAAGAUAAAAUAGCUGAUGUUCAUCUCCUCUUCCCUACAUUUGAAGAAAUGGCAUUAAGCUCAAAUGGGAAGUUUCUUACACGUUUUGUCAAACAUAUUGUCUGGUUGAUAAUCUGGCUAUCUUGGAUAUUUGUACAGUUACCAACAAUAAUUCAAACUAUUCUACUUUAUGGAUAUAUGACUAUAGUCGGAAUACCAGCAAACCAACAUCACGAUAAUAUUAAAGAACUAAUUAAUCCUAGUGUACUGAAAAGGGUAUUUUUCUUAGCUUUCCAGGAAAUGGAACAAGUGAAAGAUAGAAACAAUGACAUCAUAAGAAGAAAUAUCUCUAAGCUCAAAUUUUAUUACGGAGAGAACGAUGGGUGGACUCCACCUCAGUUCAGAGAACAAUUGAAAGUUGACAUUCCAAAUACCGACAUUGAAAUUUCUAAUUACAAUCAUGCUUUUGUAUUAAAACGCAGUGUUGAAGUUGGAGAUAUUGUAUCUGUUAGUAUACUAGCAGAUGCAAUAUAGGUACUUCCUAGCUGAAAUCUAGGAAAUGAUCAUGAGUAUUGUUAUAAUUUUACUAGGGGAAGGCUAAAUGUAUCACGAGUAUAUAUACUAGGAGAAACUCUUUAGAAAAUAAACAAUUUUGAUUAUCUUAUAAAGUGGUUUUUUGUGCAUCAAUCCGGCAAAAUUAGUUCUAAAAAGGAUGACAUAAUGCAUACUUUUGUCUUGUUCUUUAUCAACAAAAAAAUUUUAACUCAUAAGGUUGUAAAUAGCAUAACUGAUGAGAGAUGAUGGGAAUUAUUAUAAAUUAUUGACAAAGAUUAUAUUUUUUCAUCACAGUA